CUCAAUAUGGUAGCUGUUUAUCCCAUAUUUCUCCUCCCCUCUUCGUUUCAACUUCCUCCUUGUUUUGAAUAAACUUUAUUGACUACUUCGAAUCGCCUACCACUGCCACUGGGCUGCUCCCGGCGACUUUUCAGGCAGUUUUCUCUCCGACCUGGCCGCAGGCGCAGCUAAUUCCUGGUUGGCUUCCUCGCAGCGGUCUCCUGCUGGCCCAGCGACGACGCCGUUUGCUUGUUCACCCGGCGGCCACCGACUAGGCCCGAACCGCGGGCUCCAGUAGGCCCUAACGCCGGGCCCGGAGCAAAACCGUGGGGGAAAGCUGCCCUGAAGCACUACGCGGCGCCUGGGGCCGCGAGACCCAGCGGGUGGUUCUGCGGGAAGGCGAGCAAGGUUCGCAGCGUUGCCGUGACGAUCCCAGAAUUCGGCGCGCGCAGCCGGUGGGGCCGGAACUGCUGGCCGAUCCUCCGCUCAGCUAGGCGCCCAGGUGCUCCAGAGCGAGCCCGGCUCCCGGCGGGUCGCUGGAACUGAACUUCGCGAGUGUGAGCAAUCCCUGCAGCUUUGCAGAUGAGGAGCCAUCGUCCAGAAAGGACGCGUGCUGCUGCCUGCUGCUUCUCUUGACGCUACGAACCUGGCCCGCCGCAGAGCGCUCCAAGGCCGGGCGAAGAUGGCCUCGGUGCCAGUGUAUUGCCUCUGCCGGCUGCCUUAUGAUGUGACCCGCUUCAUGAUCGAGUGUGACAUGUGCCAGGACUGGUUUCAUGGCAGUUGUGUUGGUGUUGAAGAGGAAAAGGCUGCUGACAUUGACCUCUACCACUGCCCCAACUGUGAAGUCUUACAUGGGCCCUCCAUUAUGAAAAAACGCCGUGUAUCUUCCAAAGGGCAUGAUACACAGAAGGGGAAGCCAGUGAAGACUGGAAGCCCUACGUUCAUUCGAGAGCUCCGGAGUAGGACCUUUGACAGCUCAGAUGAAGUGAUUCUGAAGCCCACUGGAAGUCAGCUGACCGUGGAAUUCCUGGAAGAGAAUAGCUUCAGUGUGCCCAUCCUAGUCUUGAAGAAGGAUGGAUUGGGGAUGACACUGCCCUCUCCAUCAUUCACUGUGAGGGAUGUGGAACACUAUGUUGGUUCUGACAAGGAAAUUGAUGUGAUUGAUGUGACCCGCCAGGCCGACUGCAAGAUGAAGCUCGGUGAUUUUGUGAAAUAUUAUUACAGUGGAAAGAGGGAGAAAGUCCUCAAUGUCAUUAGUUUGGAAUUCUCUGAUACCAGGCUUUCUAACCUUGUGGAGACUCCCAAGAUUGUUCGGAAGCUCUCGUGGGUGGAGAACUUGUGGCCAGAGGAGUGUAUAUUUGAGAGGCCCAAUGUGCAGAAGUAUUGCCUCAUGAGUGUGCGGGAUAGCUAUACAGACUUUCACAUUGACUUUGGUGGCACCUCGGUCUGGUACCAUGUGCUCAAGGGUGAGAAGAUCUUCUACCUGAUCCGCCCAACAAAUGCCAACCUGACUCUCUUUGAGUGCUGGAGCAGCUCCUCUAACCAGAACGAGAUGUUCUUUGGGGACCAGGUGGACAAGUGCUAUAAGUGUUCCGUGAAGCAAGGACAGACACUUUUCAUUCCUACAGGAUGGAUCCAUGCUGUGCUGACCCCAGUGGACUGCCUUGCCUUUGGAGGGAACUUCUUACACAGCCUUAACAUCGAAAUGCAGCUCAAAGCCUAUGAGAUUGAGAAACGGCUGAGCACAGCAGACCUCUUCAAGUUUCCUAACUUUGAGACCAUCUGUUGGUAUGUGGGAAAGCACAUCCUGGACAUCUUUCGAGGUUUGCGAGAGAAUAGGAGGCACCCAGCAUCCUAUCUGGUCCAUGGUGGCAAAGCUCUGAACUUGGCCUUUAGAGCCUGGACAAGGAAAGAAGCUCUGCCAGACCACGAGGAUGAGAUUCCGGAGACAGUGCGGACUGUACAGCUCAUUAAAGAUCUGGCUAGGGAGAUCCGCCUGGUGGAAGAUAUCUUCCAACAGAACGUUGGGAAGACGAGCAAUAUCUUUGGGCUGCAGAGGAUCUUCCCAGCUGGCUCCAUUCCCUUAACCAGGCCAGUCCAUUCCACUUCAGUAUCCAUGUCCAGGCUGUCACUGCCCUCCAAAAGUGGUUCAAAGAAGAAAGGCCUGAAGCCCAAGGAACUCUUCAAGAAGGCAGAGCGAAAGGGCAAGGAGAGCUCAGCCUUGGGGCCUGCUGGCCAAUUGAGCUAUAAUCUCAUGGACCCAUACAAUCAUCAGGCACUGAAGACAGGCUCUUCCCAGAAAGCAAAGUUCAACAUCACUGGCACCUGCCUGAAUGACUCAGAUGAUGACUCGCCAGACUUGGACCUUGAUGGGAAUGAGGGCCCGCUGGCCCUGUUGAUGUCUAAUGGCAGUACCAAGAGGGUAAAACCCUUAUCCAAGUCUCGGCGAGCCAAGCUCACGAAGAAGGCAGACAAGGCUAGGCUGGUGGCAGAACAGGUGUUGGAGGAUGAAUUUGACUUGGAUUCCGAUGACGAACUGCAGAUUGAUGAGAGAUUGGGAAAGGAGAAGGCAACCCUGAUAAUAAGACCAAAAUUUCCCCGAAAGUUACCCCGUGCGAAGCCUUGCUCUGACCCCAACCGAGUUCGUGAACCAGGAGAAGUUGAGUUUGACAUUGAGGAGGACUAUACAACAGAUGAGGAUAUGGUGGAAGGGGUCGAAGGCAAGCUUGGGAAUGGGAGUGGUGCUGGUGGAAUUCUUGAUCUGCUUAAGGCCAGCAGGCAGGUGGGGGGACCUGACUAUGCUGCCCUCACCGAGGCCCCUGCCUCUCCCAGCACUCAGGAGGCCAUCCAGGGCAUGCUGUGCAUGGCCAACCUUCAGUCUUCAUCAUCCUCACCAGCUACCUCCAGCCUGCAGGCCUGGUGGACUGGGGGCCAGGACCGAAGCAGUGGGAGCUCCAGCAGUGGACUGGGCACAGUGUCCAGCAGUCCUGCUUCCCAGCGCACCCCAGGGAAGCGGCCCAUCAAGCGGCCAGCAUACUGGAGAACUGAGAGUGAGGAGGAGGAAGAGAAUGCCAGUCUGGAUGAACAGGACAGCUUGGGAGCAUGCUUCAAGGAUGCAGAGUAUAUUUACCCUUCCCUGGAGUCUGAUGAUGAUGACCCUGCUUUGAAAUCUCGGCCCAAGAAAAAGAAGAAUUCAGAUGAUGCUCCAUGGAGUCCUAAAGCCCGUGUGACCCCAACUCUACCAAAGCAGGACCGUCCUGUGCGUGAGGGGACCCGGGUAGCUUCCAUUGAGACAGGCUUGGCUGCAGCAGCUGCGAAGCUAGCCCAGCAGGAGCUGCAGAAAGCCCAAAAGAAGAAAUAUAUCAAGAAGAAGCCUUUACUGAAGGAGGUAGAACAGCCUCGCCCUCAGGAGUCCAUUCUCAGUGUGGCAGCACCAGCUCCAACUCUGGCCACUACACCCCAGCUUCUCACCUCCUCCUCGCCCCCUCCUCCUCCUGAGCCUAAACAAGAGGCCCUCUCAGGGAGUCUUGCUGACCAUGAAUAUACUGCUCGUCCCAAUGCCUUUGGUAUGGCCCAGGCGAACCGCAGCACCACACCCAUGGCCCCUGGUGUCUUCUUGACCCAGCGGCGCCCUUCAGUUGGCUCCCAGAGCAAUCAAGCAGGACAAGGAAAGCGUCCUAAAAAGGGUCUGGCCACAGCAAAGCAGAGACUUGGCCGUAUCCUGAAAAUCCACAGAAAUGGCAAACUACUUCUGUGAGCCCCCUCGUGUCCUGCCCCUCACCCCUUCACCCCCAUUGCCUUCUCCAUUGUCACCUCUCGGGGCACUCCUGGAUCCUAUCUGCCCCGGACAAGGUGCUGAGGCGCAUUGUCCUGCUUUCUUGGAACUGACCAAAGGCACGGACUCCCCAACGGGCUCCUGCACCAACUCCCCUAACUCCCUUCCCUACUUCCACUAAAGCAUCCUGCCUUCCUUCUCCGUACCUCUGAGUAGCAGUGAAUGGGAGAGGUUUCGGCUGACUAGAACCCUCUUUUCUGCUGCUCCAGCCCAUUUCCUUUUUACCAGCCUUGUCUGCCCUUUACUCUUAUCCCUACUUAAAGCUGGAAGACAGGAUCAGGAGAGACAUAAAGUGAGCCUGGGUCCCUUGCUCUUUCCCUAGUCAUGAAGUGGGAUGCCCAGCGCUCAACACUUGCUGCAGCUCCCACUGUCUCCAGAAGCCUGUCCCCCUCUGCCCAUAUUUCCUUCCCCUUCUUCCCCCCUAGCCUAGUGGACAUGUCCCAUUCCAGACUUGUUCUUGAGAGAAGGGUCUAGCCUCUGCCCCCUCUUGCCAAAUGCUUCAUGAAAAUAAAGAGGAGAUUCCAGAGUCUCCUUCCUGCCCCACCAUGGGCCAUUUUCAGAGGUGGACUUGAAAGGUUAUGGGCUGACUUGACUCACCUUUGGGAAGAAGAGAGAUUUCUAUCACUUCUCAAGGUGGGGAGAGGACUGACACCCAAGCCUUUGACCAUGACUUUGGAGCCCAUUGGAGGAAGCUACUUUCGGGUGGCUACAGAUGAGGUCCCCUGUCCCAGAGUGAGCUUCAGGGAUUUGCCUGGAUUUUGAGGUCCCACAGAACAUUAUCCACUUGGCUGUAGCUGGGCCCCAACAGGUGAAAAACUAUCUUCCAAAAGUCUGAGAGUUCCUGCCACUUAAGCAGAUAACCCUGGCCCUAUGUACAGCCUGCUCUCUUCACCUGUACCACAGAGCUCAGUCAGGACCUUCUGGAGAGGAUGUGACAGGAGAGCUCACCCCUGGGUUCUCCAUCAGGAGCCUCCCUGCUUCCUUCCCCACCUGAGGUCUUGGUCUGAAGAAGACCUCAGAACUCACAUCUUCACUUCUUGGCCUUUGUGCUCCCAGACAUCAGGUCAACGCCCAAGCAGAGUGCAGAUACACUACUCGGGAGCCUGAGCCUGGGAGAGGUGAUGCCCAUCUGUAAAGGAGCAGAUCUUCUGAUCCUCCACUCCCUGUCUUCCCCUUGUGGAUGUCUCUGUUGUCCAGACAAUGCCCAACCCCUCUCCCUCUUCCUUCUCCUCCUAACUCCCUCCACCUCUGCUUGUCUUGCCUCCCUGGCACCCUGGACUGGAUGGAGAAUGUCCCUCCAUUUUGGUACUGCGCAAGUAGAGCGCAUCCUUGCCCUCUACUCCCCACUUCGACCUCACCCCAGUUUGCCCAGUGCUUCUGGGGAACUUAACAGCUACCAUGCAGGCCACAGGAGUAUGUGAGGCUUCCCAUGUCGUCUUUGUAUCUCCAAUUUGUCUCCCUUUUCUCUACAGCCCACAUCUGCUCUUCUUAUUUGGAAUCAGAGGUCCCUUAAAACCAUCUGCUUUUAUUUUUUUUUUUUUUAGUUUUGGGAACUCCAGGGGCCAUGCAGUCCUCCAUCUAGUCACACCAAAGGCAAAAAGCCUGGCUACCUCCCCCCUAGCAUGUGAGGUCCCCACUCCCCUCUCCUCUGUUUCCACCCAGCUUUGCUUUCUUGGGGAUUUCAAGGCAGCAGAGGGUAGUGAGGGGAGGGAAGGGGGGCAGCCUGUGUCCCUGUGUAGGCAACUACCUGACUAGGCCCUGACUGCUGUAACCAGACCAGGACCCCAGCCCUUCUGCCCAUUAACACCCACCCCCUUGAUCUUUCAAAGGCAGCUAAUUGCUAGCAAAUCCCCCUGGUUCCGGCCCUCUUUCCCCUCUGUUUCUUUGUUAGAAGUUUCUGUGGAGCUGAAACCCAACCUCCAUUAGACGGGGUUUCCAUUUAGUUUAGAUGGGCUCUCAGAGCCUCCUGUUUGUUGUUUUGUGUUUUAAAUGAAAAGCAAGUUUACCCUCAGAGUUAUGCUUUUCCAAAGAGGCUAGUGUGCUUUUUUUUUUUUUUUUUUUUUUUUUACUGUUAUCAGGUUCUAAGUGAUGAAGUAAGUUGGGGAGGGGUUGGGAGUGGUAGUAACUAAGGUGUAGAACAUGGUGAGAGUUACCUCUGGUCUCCAAUCCCCAGCACAGAGCUGGGGGUUGGAUAGGGGGCAGGGAGAGAGGAUUUCUAUUCACCUUUAAUAUAUUUUUACAAAAAAAGCAAACAAUUUAAAAACAAGCCCACCGCUUCUGUACAUGUCUAAAUAUAUUUUUAGAAGUGGGUAGGAUUGUGAAUUUCUGAUGCAGGGCCUUUUUAUAAACAGGUUAGAAUAGCAUCAUACAGACUUCUCUGUUGUUUUUUCCCCCCUGUUUUUUUCUUAUAUUGUGUUACUAAUGUAAUUUAUAUUUUUUUUAGAUCCUCCCUUUCCUAUAGAGAUAAAAGUGAUUUAUCUUGGCAA